AUGAGAAUACUAGUGCUGUGUUUAGGCCUGUGCCUGGCGGUCUCCUACUGCUCGGCUAGGGUAAUCGCGGAGGACGAUAAAGCAGGUGCAGUCGCCGACCUAGUUGCUGCCGAGACUCAGCACGAGAAGUCAGAGCAUCACGAAGAAGGCGGUGGCGACCAGAAGCACGCCGAACACCACGAAGACCACGGCGAGAAGGGCGACAAGGGAUACAAAUCCGAACACCACCACGAUAAGGGCGGUCACGGCGAACACGAGAAGCACCACGCGGCAGGCCACCACGAAGAAAAGGGAGGCCACCACAAGCACCACCACGAGGAAGGUGGACACCACGGGGAACACCACGCCGGAGGCAAGAGCCAGAAGGGCGGUAAAUUCGGCGAGAAGAAGGGACACAAGAAGGGACAGAAGACUACCGGUUACCACCACAAGUCGCACAAAGACGACUACCACAAAGAACAUAAGUUCUACGAUGACUACCACAAGGGAGGACAUCACUCCAAACACGGAGACUUCCACGGUCACCACGGGGGUAAAUCGGGACACCACAAGAAGGGAGGUUCCCACAAGAGCGGUCACCACCAAGACCAUCACGGCAAAAAGGGCCACGCCGACAAGGGACACUACGACGAGGACCACAAAGGAUUCAAGGGUCACGGUGGUCACGAAACCCACCACGCCCAUCACUCCGACUACGGAAAGAAGGGCGGUCACUCCGGAGGAAAGGAGUACGGGUACGCUCAAGGCGGCGGUGGAAAGCACCGUUAAAAUGUAUGCCAUGCGUUUUUCAUCAGUGAAUUUGCCAAUGAUUAUUAUAUUUGUCUCCACUAUUAAAAUAACAUCACCGGUGUAUAUAUU